UGCACUUUGCGAACCGUUUCGCAACAAGUGCACACGCGAAAAGAUAAAGUGAUGGUUGCUUCAGCGCACAUUAAAAGUGUUUAAAGUUUAUUCAACACUCUAAAACAGGACUAUUUUGCACCGAACCAAUAUUAAGACAUGGCUUGUUUUCCCUGGAUGAAGGAAUAAUCACCCCCACCACCACCACCACCACCACCACCACCACCACCGCCACCUCCUUACAAAGACACCCUGGGAAAGUGCUCCUGGAGGGGGGAGCCAUUGGAGGGAAUAAUGUCACACAAGAAGGAAGAGAGCGGUUGUGGCCUAGUGUGCCUCAGAGGUUUCUACAGCUGCAACUGCAGGCAGCCGGAGGGCAGGAAGAGAAGGCGUGAGGGAUGCUGGCUGUCAUUGGUUUUCCUGGCCUGCCUGCUCGCUGUUUGUUGGCUGUAUGUUUGUAUGGUUACAUUCAAUGACAGAGAGGAUGUUAAUUGGAAGGGCUUCACAAUUCUGAAACAGUGGGUGAACUGGUUCAUGGUGGCGAUCAUUAUAUUUGCUGUGUUGACCUUCUACUACGCACUGCUGCUGGUCUUUGCACUGUUCCAAAUUGCCUUGAAAGAACCACUUGAAUUGCACUGCGUACACCAGGUCUUUCUGUUAUUGGGUGUACUAUUUGUGGCCUUGGCUGUUGCUGCAUUUACCCAUGGGUGGCCAGGGGAAUGGCCUACGGUCGCUGUCUCACUCCAGGCCACAGGCCCCUUCUUGCAGAUGGGUGCUGUGGUAGCACUGACUCUUCUCAGCUGGUUCGUCAUCCAGAGAGUUCACCAAGCUCGCAGAGUAGGAUCCAAGAUCCUUCUGUCGCUGGUGUUUUCUAUCAUAGUUAUAGCUGUGUACCUGAGUCCCCUACUUAUCCUGCGUCAUACCCCCUGCCUGUCUGACAAGAUCCCUCCCAAACCUGAGCUCAUUGGCCACCGAGGUGCACCCAUGCUGGCCCCUGAGAACACCAUGAUGUCGUUCGAGAGGAGUGUGGCAUGCAACGUGACAGCCUUCGAAACAGACGUGCAGAUCAGUGGAGAUGGGGUUCCCUUCCUCAUGCACGACCAUGACGACUUCUUUCUGCGGACAACAGACGCGAAGCACAAGUUUGCUGGGCGGGACUUCAACAAAAGCGGCAAGCUAACGUUGGAGGAGCUACAGGACCUGAAUGCCGGUGACUGGUUCCUCAAGACAGACCCUUUCUACACGGUGUCCCAGCUGUCACCUGAGGAGAAGGAGAUGGCAACCAAUCAGACCGUUCCCUCCUUAGUUCAGCUCCUUGACCUGGCUCAGGAAAAAAACAUUUCCAUCCUGUUUGACCUCAAAAACGAGAACGGAACCAACGACACCAACAUAGUUGUUGAAACCAUCCUGAUGUCUGGGAUCGACCCCCGUCUGAUCUUCUGGCUUCCACCAACACAACGAAGCGACGUAAAGAAGAGUGCGCCGGGAUUCAAACAGUACUAUAACAACAUCUCUGAUAUGAAAAAGGAAGGAGGAACUUCCCUGAAUUUGAAGUACAACAGCUUGAACACAGAUGAACUCAGGCAACUAGGUCUGGAGAACAUAACUGUGAACCUAUGGGUGGUGAAUGAGAGCUGGCUCUUCUCUCUGCUGUGGUGCACGGGGGUCAGUUCCGUCACCACCAACUCCUGCCACCGAUUCCAAAAAAUGACGCAGCCGGACUGGACCUUGGGACCCACACAGUAUACACCAAUAUGGAUUACCGUGGACCUGCUGUCGUUGCUGAUAAUGUCUGGGCUCAUUUACAAAAGUUUGCUGGUGCAAAGAAAGAAGAAAAACAGGGCGCCUGUCUCGAACGGACACGAACUAAAUCCCUUCUUGCCCUAGAGUUUACCUCAAAAGUGAAAGAGCAAGCGUCUGUCCCCUCCUUGCCCAGCAGAACGGUAUGGUCCUGGAUCAAGCAGAAUGGCUCUUGGUUGAAAUUAUACCAUCACUGUACAUUUAACUUAAAUUAAUACAGUUUGAAGCAAUAAAGGCUGGGCCCAUUGCACUCAAGAUAUUAAUUCAUUAUUGACAUGAAACGUCCCCUUUAAAUUCACUGUUUUCCUUACGACUGCUGCAUGUUUUCUAGAAAAGUAACAUUUGUAAUCUUCACUAUUUUUUCUACUUAAAGCCACACUGGAAUGUUUACGAUUUGUUGAUCACAUAAGUUCAUGUGCUGUAACUUUUGGGGUUGUCUGGUUCUCCGUUUUUUGAGGUUUCUACUAAAUGUUUUAUUAAUCUGUAAAAUAAUUAAAUUGAUAUUGUUUAAAUCUUCAUCACAUUUAAACCGUAUCAAAUGACCUUGGUAUUUUUGUAAGUGUUUCGUGAAGAGAGGUAAAGAGAUGUGAGAAUGAAUCCACUUUUCUAAAUCAUGUAAAUUCAAUAUAAAUUGAGAACAUAGAA